AUGAAAGUGAAGGGAGGAGGAAGAAGGAAGAGUUGGGAAGCAAUGCCUCUUGAUGUUGUUCUUCAAGAUACCAGCAACAACCUAAAUGCUCCUUUUGCUUCUCUUCUUCAGCUGCAAGCUAACGCAGCCGCUCUAGAGCAACCCCAAGAGCAACAGCAAGAGCUUCAAGAGCCUCAAGCUCUCGAAGAAGCUGACGAUGGUGAGGCCGAGGGCGAGGGUGAAGAUGAUGGUGAGGUUGGGGGUGAUGGUGAUCGUGAGGCUGAUGGUGUUGUUGAUGACGAUGAGAAUAGAGAGCGCAACAAGCUUGCCGAGGGCUACUACGAAAUCGAAGCCAUACGCCGAAAAAGGGUCCGCAAGGGUGAGCUCCAGUAUCUCAUCAAAUGGCGUGGUUGGCCAGAGACUGACAAUACAUGGGAGCCCUUGGAUAAUCUCCAUUCAAUUGCUGAUGUUAUCGAAGCAUUUGAGGAAAGCUUGCGUGCUGGAAAGCAUCGGAAGCGCAAGCGCAAGUCCGGGACUCCUCAUUCUCAACCCAAGAAGAGGCAGCAGCGUUCUACUGAUCCUAUCUACAACGUGACAGAUGUGGAAAUCAGCAUGGUUGAUAAAGUUCUGUCCUCCGCUGCUCUCAACUGCCCGAGCCUUGUUGAUCUUCCGCCCCCUCAGCAGUCUGUGGGCGUAGCAUUUGAAGGAGAGAAUGAUGGGCAUGUCAAUAAUACUGAAACCACCAAGAAAGUUGAUGCUGAGAAUUUGUGUUCAAAUGCUUCCCAAGAAAUUGGUGAAAGGAGAGAGGAAAAUGAGUAUGAUCCAAAGCUUAGUGAGCUCAGAGCAACAAUAUCUACUAAUAUUGUCAAUUCAGAUAAACUUUCUGUACAUUUCCAAGAAGCAAAGGCAUCUGAAGUUAAUGGUCUUUCCAAGGUCGACUGUGCAGAACCAGUACAGAGCAAUCGCAAUACUGGAGCUAAGAGAAGGAAGUCUGGUUCUGUGAAGAGGUUUAAACAAGAGACGCAAUUGUCUGAAGUGGGUGCUACACCAAAUGCAACAAGCAGAGUCAGUGUUAGAUAUGGUGGCAGAGUUAAUCAAUCAGGGGCAGAAAAUCUUGAUUAUGCCGGGGAAAAUUCAAGUCGCAGGAAUAAGAUUGAUGAAUCCAAAAGUGCAGUGCGUAUCACCAAGAUUAUCAAGCCAAUAGGGUAUUCAACUUCUGUGUCAAAUGAUGUCCAGGAUGUGUCAGUCACCUUUAAGGCAAUGAGGUCCGACGGAACAGAAGUGGUAGUGGAUAACAAGUUUCUCAAGGUUAAUCAUCCACUUUUGUUGAUCGAUUUUUAUGAGCAACAUCUCCGGUACAAUUCUACAUUGUAA